UAUAUACAGAGCUAUUUUCAAAGCCCUCUAUAUGUUGGCCUAUAUAUAUCCAUAAAUGUAUACAUUGGUGGUGUAAAUCAAGGGCUUAAAUUGGUAGACUUAAUUUUGGCCUCCUUUUGGAUUGUAAAAUCUUUACAGCAAUGGGUAUAACAGAAGGUAGUCUCCUUGUGAUUCUAUUGCUAAUUAGUGCUCCAUUAAUGGUUUAUGGAGUAGAGCACGUUGUUGGUGAUAGUUCAGGCUGGACUAAUGCAAAUGUAAAUUACGAGACUUGGGCUUCUUCCCGUACAUUUGCAGUUGGUGACACUCUUUUGUUCACCUAUGGUAGCAAUCACAAAGUGGACAUAGUAAAUGAAAGUGACUAUACCGCUUGCAACACUAGCAAGGCCUUGAGUACAUAUGAUGAUGGAAACACCACAAUUCCUCUAACAGUAGUGGGCCCAAUGUACUUCCUAUGCCCCAUUGCUAAUCACUGUUCUGAGGGCCAGAAGCUUGCUAUCAAUGUUGUGGCACCAAACACAACAACACCGGUCACGCCAUCCCCACCACCGCCACCGUCGACGACGGCAACACCGCCAACAUCGAGCAGAGCAUCCAAAAUUAUGUGUAACACCGAUAGUAAUUUGAUGCUUGGUAUAUGGCUUGUUUUGUUGACCAUGUUUGGAUUCAUGGGCUAGGAAAGAGACAGUGCAUCUUUAUCCUAAUGUUUAACUGGUGUGAUUUUAUUUUAUUAUGGACCUUGAUUUUUAUUGUAAGUAUGAUAUACUAAUACUUACACGAAUAAAGAUUUACUUUUGUUUUA